AUGGGAAACACAAGCAGCUCCACGGUGGACGACCUUCAGGCAGUGGAAAUCCACCACUGGUACAAGAAGUUCAUGACUGAAUGUCCAUCAGGACAGUUAACCCUGCAUGAAUUCAAGCAGUUCUUUGGUUUGAGAGGACUAAGUGGAGAAGCCAACAGCUAUAUCGAACAAAUGUUUCGUACAUUUGAUAUGAAUAAGGAUGGAUAUAUUGAUUUCAUGGAGUAUGUGGCUGCUCUCAGCCUUGUUCUCCGGGGUAAGAUUGAACAGAAGCUACGUUGGUAUUUCAAACUAUAUGAUGUGGAUGGAAAUGGUUGCAUUGACCGACAUGAACUGCUUAAUAUAAUUAAGGCAGUGCGGGCGAUUAAUGGUUGCGACCAUGACUGCACAGCUGAAGAGUUUACUAAUCGAGUUUUUGACAAGAUUGAUGUUAAUGGAGAUGGGGAGCUGUCUCUGGAGGAAUUUGUGGAAGGUGCUCGUAAAGAUGAGGAAUUUAUGGAUGUUAUGAUGAAAAGUCUGGAUCUGACACACAUAAUGACCAUGAUUAACAACCGACGGCACAGCGUGUGACUUGUAGGGUUGAAGAAUAGGCUUAUGAUAUUUUACAGAUAAAAUGGGACGAUGGGUCUCGCUGCGCAUUCUAAGAGGUAUUGAAGAGUCAGCAGAGAUCCAGCUAAAUUUAUGGAUUCCAAAAAAUUAAGUAUGGAGAAAACAAUAGAUGGC